CUGAGCUGCUUGUCUGCCAGUAUCAGUUUGAGCAGAGCCAUGGCGAGUCCCGGGCAGAAAGUGGUGCUGAUCACGGGCUGUUCCACCGGUAUCGGCUUGAGGAUUGCCGUGAGGCUGGCCAAGGAUGAAAUGCAGCGCUAUCACGUAAUCGCCACAAUGCGUGACCUAAACUCCCAACAUAAACUGGUGGAAGCCGCUGGAGAUACUUACGGGAAAACUCUUUUUGUGGCUGAGCUGGAUAUCUGCAGUGACGAGUCGGUCAAACAGUGUGUCAAUGGCAUCAAAGACAGACAUGUAGAUGUCCUCAUAAAUAAUGCAGGCAUCGGCCUGGUGGGUCCAGUGGAGAGCAUCCCCAUGGACGAGAUGAAUAAAGUGUUUGAGACCAAUUUCUAUGGAACAGUUCGCAUGAUCAAGGAGGUGAUACCUGAGAUGAAGAAAAGGAGAGAUGGAUGCAUCAUUGUGGUCAGCAGCGUGAUGGGACUCCAAGGGGUGGCGUUUAAUGAAAUAUAUGCAGCUUCCAAGUUUGCCAUUGAGGGCUUCUGCGAAGGUUUGUCUGUCCAGCUUUUGAAGUUCAACAUCAGAUUGUCAAUGAUGGAGCCAGGCCCGGUGCGCACAGAAUUUGAAUUAAAGAUGAUUAAGGGGAUGAAAGAGAAAGAGUGGCCAGGUGUUGAUUCUAACACAGUGAGAUACUUCAGGAAAAAUUAUCUUCCCACUGCUGUGGAUAUCUUUGAGGUACUGGGACAAUCACCUGAUGACAUUGCCAAAUGUGCAAAGAAUGUGAUUGAAGCAAGCAGCCCACAUUUCCACAACCUGACCAACCGGCUGUACUCACCUAUACUGGCGCUGAAAUACGCUGAUGAAACUGGAGGCUUGUCUGUCCGUGCUUUCUACCACAUGCUCUUCAACCUGGGUCCUGUGACGAACGUCAGCAUAGCCGUCCUGAAAUUCCUCACGUUUGGAUGGCUAAGGAACCGGUCAAUUGCACCAAAGUAGGCUUUAACCUCCGAAGACCCUGCAUCCACAUGUGGGGACGUUACAUUUUGGCUUUGCUGCACCUUAUACUUCACUCUGCUCAGUAGUGUUUUAUACUGUGUUAAGCCAUGUUGACUUUGUUUUGUUAUGCUGUAAAAUAAACCCAUUGUCCCCAUAUGAGGACAUUUUUUUUUACAAAAGUGUGCAAAGUAUGUACAAAAUACAACUUCCUGUUCAAAGAGGAAGCUUUGUUUCUGUGCCUAUCAGGCCCACCAAAUAUCACAAAUAUCUGGAGAGAAAUUAAAAAUGCAUUGCAAACAGGAGCUCAGGUCUCAGGGGGUUCAAAUGUUUUGUGCAACAGUGUGAAUAAUACAAACCUCGGCUUUCACAAAAAAAAGUAUUAUGCUAACUGAAAGUCUUGUAGCAAAUGUCACAAAUAAAGAACAAGACAAUAAGAAAUCCAAUCCUACAUGAACAUUUUCAAAGAGUUCUUUGUCACUUGGCAUGUUUAAUGCUGUUGAUAUGCAGUCUGCACUGUAGCGAAGAGACUUAUCUUUGUUCUCCUUUGUAUCACACUGUAUUUAUGAAUGGAAAGCUACUACAGCCCAGUUAAGGUAGUUACCCUACCCAGACUGAAAAUUAGGAAGGAUUUGUACUUAGAAGAAAAUAUAGUGUAACUUUAUUCUAUAAUUUUAUCAUCAGUCCAUGACAGUUUUCAUUUCUCUCUAAUUUGUUCAGAAAGCUGCUGCUGCUCUUUGUUGAUCUGUAGCCUGUACAUCAUUGUAUGAAUACCCAUCAGUGUACUGGAGCAACUGUUUUUUGGGAUUAAACAUGGCAAUUUAUGCAUUUCAAAA